UAAAAGCGCGGUUGACAGUUUCGGUCCAGAUUGAUCCUGUUCUCAACUGGUGAAGUUUGCUUGCAUGCGACAUUCCGCGCCUCUCCGCGUCCCUUUGCCGGGAUACUCCUUGCGGCCGCCUGUGAGACUUCGCGUCCCCGAACCGCACGCCUGAGGGCGACAUGACUGCGCUGGCCUUGCGAGACCUACCGACCUACCGACCCUCCUUCUGGCAGCCCGAACCGACGCUCCUGCCCCCGGGGUGACGCGCAGCCCGCCGCCCAGACAUAUGGCCCCAAGACCCAAGUAUACCCUGCCCUGGAGAGAUGUCCACUCCUUCUACCUCCUGUCUCCACUGAUGGGCUUCCUCAGCAGGGCUUGGAGCCACCUGAGGGGCCCGGAAGGUCCAGAGCCCUGGCUGACAGAAACAGUAACAGGAGCAGAUCAGAUAGCCGCCAAGGCUCUGGUGACACCUCCCCUGGUCCCUGGGAACCUCCCUCAGGGGGACGCUGAGGACCGUGGAGCUCCUAGGGAGAGUCCAGCAGCCCAGGGGCCUUCCUUUGAUGUUCAAGCCCACAGUUCCCCUCCUGAAGCGUGGGGACUUUCAAAUGAUGGAUACAGUGAGAAGCAAGGACAGGAUGGCCCUCGAGAGCAGCAGAGGGAACACAGAGCUGGCCUGCCUAUGCCCCUGUCCCCUAGCCUGCAAGGUGCUGAUAAGAGCCUCGGGGAGGUGGUGGCUGGAGAAGAGGGAGGGACUGAGCUGGCUUAUCCCACAGCACACGGGGAGGGUGGUCCAGACGAGGACGAGGAAGAGGAUGGAGAAGCCUCUGCUGCUUACAGAGACCCAGGACACAAGCCCGGCCCUUCUGUGCAUUGCCCAGGGGUAGCAGGACAUCAAGCCACGGAGGAAAAAGGAACAGAAAAGAAAGCUGACCCCCCCAGCUCUCCUUUAGGCUCUCACCCCAGAGCCUGGGAGUACUGCUCUAGAGAGGGGCCUACGCAGGAGGGAGAAGGCAACCGAGAGCCAUGCAGGGCAGAGCAGGAUCAGCCUGGUCAGAAGGCAGCAGCUGAGGAAGAGGAGAAAGCUGAAGCUGUCUGUAGUGGGAAUGCCUUCCUGAAGGCCUGGGUAUGUCGGCCUGGAGAGGACUCGGAGGAUGAGGACGACGGGGAUUGGGGAUCAGCUGGGGAAGAGGAAGAAGGCCAGGCCUUGUCUUCCCCGACCUCUCCUGCACAAGCCUUCCUGAAGGCCUGGGUGUGUAGACCUGGAGAGGACACGGAGGAUGAGGACGGUGACUGGGAAUCAGAUGGGGAAGACAGUGUAGCUCAGACCUGUGCCACCCCCCAUACAAGUGUCUUCCUGAAGGCCUGGGUCUACUGUCCAGGAGAGGACACAGAAGAUGAGUGUGAGAAUGUCCCAGAUGACUCAGGUCCCUGCCUUCAGGCCCAGCGGUGUCUGCCUGGAGAGAAGACAGCGGGAUGUGUGCAAGCAGAACCCUCUCUUCAGCUGGCCUUCUAUUUACCUGGAGAGAAGCCAGCAGCACCUUGGGCUGCCCCUAAGCUGCCCCCUCGACUGCAAAGGAGGCUCAGACUAUUGAAAACCCCCACCCAGGAUCAGGACUCUGCAGCUCCCCUGCGGACCAGAAAGGUGCACUUCUCUGAGAAAGUCACAGUUCAUCUCCUUGCUGUCUGGGCAGGACCAGCCCAGGCUGCCCGCCGUGGUCCCUGGGAGCAGCUUGCACGAGAUCGGAGCCGCUUUGCUCGCCGCAUUGCCCAGGCAGAGAAGGAGCUGGGUCCUUACCUCACCCCUGCCUUCCGGGCCAGAGCACGGGCUCGCCUUGGAAACGCACCUCUUACUCUGGCCUCCACACCUUUUCCACAGCCUGGGCAUUGUGCCUCCUUAGGCCACGCCCUUGAGCCGAGCUCUGACCACACCCUCUCCCCUUCCCAGUGAAGCCCCUCCACCCAGCCUGAUUUAUAAACCCGUAUAGUUUUCUGUUAUUUAUUUUUUUAAUAUGAAAUAAAGCCUUUUGAUUUAUACU